AUGAGGAUUCUGCUAUCGUGGAUUUUCAAUUGUUCGCUUUUGGCAUCCACUGUCGUAUGUGGUCCAUUGUGGGAUGAACUUCAAAAACGGCAUGAUUCUGUGCAGUCCUUGUUUGCUACGGAAGGUCCCUCUGCAUCUGUUCUCCAAGAGUUUGACAAACUAGUGCGCAAUCUUUGGGAUGCUACGGAGAAGGAAGUAGCUGUGAAGGAAGAAAUUGAGAAACUCAUGCCACAAAUCUUAUUCAAAAAGGCAAUAAUGGAAAUGAAUCUUAACAAGGAUAGCUUGGCAAUUGAAGACUUGGAAAAAGUAUUAGAGCUUGACCCAUCCAUGCAACCGGCAAGGAAUAAACUUGUGGACUUGUUGGUGAGCCGUGGUGAUUUCGACAAGUUGGAGAAAUUUUUGAAAGUUCACAAGGAACAAUUCGUGGAGUUGGGUGAACUCGUUAAUUUAUAUAAAGUACAUUGGUCUCAAGCCAAAAAUGAUUUUCAGGAUGCAAAGUAUAACAGUUGCAUAGACCAGUUGAAUCAGAUUAUUAGUAUGAGCUCUUCCAAUUAUGAAUUGUAUAAAUUGUACUUGGAUGCUAUGUUGGAGCUCUAUCGGGAAGAUAAACUGCAAAGAUUUACAUUUCUCGAUGACGCUGAUAUGCCAAUCAACAAGAUUGUUAUCUCGCUUUUUGCAAAAUUGCUUCGACUCCAGCCAUUAAAAGAUCUUGAGUUGUACGAAAAGUAUUCAAGUUUUCAGUUGUACACUGAGGUGGACUUUGACCUGGCUUCAAAGACAAUCAAAAACUGUUUACGAAUAGAUAAUGAGUUCAAGUCGUGUGGAGAUUUGUCUAAAUUUUACUCUAGAUUUGCAGAUGCUUUGAAAGCUUUGGAAACCUAUUCAAUUCUCCAUGGUCAUUUAUACAGAGAGCUGGAAAAUAAUGAGCAAAGUAAAAUUGAUGAAGAUGACCUCAACAAUUUCAAAAUUGAUUUCAAGUUCGUUAACCAAUUUCUAUUCAAGGAUGAUUUGAAAGUGUCGAAGAUGGAAUUGAAAAGACUAGGUGGGGUCAAGUUUGCAAACAACUAUGAGUAUUUGCAAUAUCGCGGCAACCAGUUUGUCCAAGAGUUUAGCAAAUCUGGUGCUGGUACUAGCGCUGGUUCUAGUGCUGGCGGCAAUAACGAUGAUAUUCUGUAUCUAGAAUACUUGCUACGCUUGGGCUGUGAAUCGUGCGUUGAAAUAGGUGACUACAAAGCUUCGCAUAAGAUAUGUGCCAAGGUUAAAGACAGCAAGGAGCAUCCAUUUUUGCCCAAACAUAUCCCGAAAAUUGAUAAACUAUUGAAACAGAAAAAGUAUAGUCAAGCUGAUCAGGAGUUGAGAUCAUUUAGCAGUAAUGUGAAAAUGACAAAGCUUUUCACAGAUAGAGCUGCCCAAGUCAAUGAAUAUCGACAGAAAAUAAACCGACAAAGACAACAGCAACAGCAACAGCAACAGCAACAGCAACAGCAACAGCAACAGCAACAGCAACAGCAACAGCAACAGCAACAGCAACAGCAACAGCAACAGCAACAGCAACAACAGCAAUAUCAGCAGCAACAGCAACAGCAACGACAAUUUUGGCAUCCCUCCAAAAAGCCGGCACAUGAUUACUACAAGAUACUUGAAAUUCCCCGUGAUGCUGACGACAAGACUAUACGCAAAGCGUACAGAAUGCAGACCUUGAAGUACCACCCAGACAAGUACAAGGGCAAGGAUCUUACUCCUGAACAAAUAGAAAAGAAGAUGCAAAAUAUCAACAAGGCAUAUGAAGUGUUAUCUGAUAAAGAGCUUCGAGAAAGAUAUGACCGUGGAGAUGAUCCAAAUGAUCCGAUGAACACCGCACAAAGUCAACCGCAAUGGCAACGUCAACAAUACUCUAAUUCGCAUGGACAAGAAGGAUUUGCAUUCAAUUUUGGAAGUGGCAUGGGUGGAGGUGAUGCACACAAUUUCUUCCAGCAAUUCUUUGGGGGUAUGGGUGGCAAUGCGAAUCAAGGUGCUGGUGCUAGAAAUGGUAAUCCAUUUGGUGGUUCAUUCAAUCAGCAUCAAAAAGUUAAGAUUAAAAAGAAUAGGAAAAAGAGUAAAACUAAAGCAUGA